AUGUUUGUGUCCCGCAGCCUUGUCGCCGUCCUGCUUUCCACCCUUGCGCUGAGCAAGCCUCUCGCCCGCGAUUUGCACGUCGUGCAUGAGGCACGGGCCAAUGCCCCCAGUGGAUAUGUGUUGACGGGCCCCGCCUCGCCAGAGACGGUGCUCAAUCUGCGCGUCGGUCUGGUUGAGAACAACGUUGACGGUCUUAUUUCGGCGCUUUACGACGUAAGCGAUCCUUCAAGCGCGAACUACGGCCAGCACUUGACUCAAGCCGAGGCUAAUUCAUACCUCACGCCAACCGCUGAGAGCGCCUCGGCAGUGAAUGCAUGGCUGAGCACCAACGAUCUCACCGCUUCCGUAAUUUCUUCUGCGGGUGACUGGUUGGCUGUGGAUGUGCCAGUUAGCAAGGCCAAUGAGUUGCUCGGUGCAGACUAUUCCGUUUUCACGCAUGUCGAGACCGGCAAGCAGACCAUACGCACGCUCUCGUACUCCAUCCCGGCCAAUCUCACAGGCCACUUGGAUCUCGUCCAUCCGACAAUCUCGUUCCCGGAUCCCUACGCUAAGGCGCCUCUCGAACUGAAGCGCUCGGGCUCAAAUGCAAUCGCGAAGCGUUCGACGGACGCGUCCUCACCUUGCGAAGAGGGCGAGUAUCCUGAUGUCACGCCCGACUGCUUGCUGUAUCUCUACGACAUGCCGUCGACGCCUACGAUCACUCCAGGAAACGGUUAUGCCGUCACGGAGUAUAUCGAGCAGUGGGCGACUUACGCUGAUCUAAAGACCUAUUUGGAGGACUUUCGGCCGGAUAUGAGUCCUGACACGGCGUGGAUCUACCAAUCCAUCGACGGAGGCAUAAACCCACAAAACGAAUCCACUGCUGGUGUUGAAGCUGAGCUGGAUGUGCAGUAUGCGAUCGGCCUGACGACGGACGUACCAGUGACAUUCAUCUCCGUCGGCGGCGACUUCCUUACUGGGCUUCUGGACACAGCGCUUACGCUGCUCAAUGAGACUGCGCCGCCACAAGUCAUGUCUACCAGCUAUGGUGAUGACGAAGAUGACGUGUCGGAGGCCUUUGCCUAUAAGCUUUGCAAUGCCUAUGCGGCGCUGGGUGCGCGCGGCGUGUCCGUCGUUUACGCGUCUGGUGACGGGGGUGUCUCCGGCGGCCAUUUCGACCCGAAUUGCACGACGUUCCUGCCCGUCUUCCCAGCGGCAUGUCCGUACGUGACUUCCGUUGGCGCCACCAACUCACUGCCAACGCAGACCGCCACGUACUUCUCUGGUGGCGGGUUCUCGAACUACUGGACGCGGCCUCUGUAUCAAGAGGGCGCGGUCGCGGGGUAUCUCGCUCGCCUCGGGGCCAACAACACGGGAUUGUACAACCCAUCUGGGCGCGGCUAUCCGGACGUCGCCGCGUACGGCGUGAACUUCGAUGUCGUGUACGCGGGCGAGGUGACCCCUGUGAGCGGGACGAGUUGCUCCUCGCCCACGUUUGGCAGCGUCAUCGCGCUGCUGAAUGCCCGCCUGCUCGCGGCUGGACGGCCAACUUUGGGCUUUUUGAACCCCUUCCUGUACACUUCGGGCAUCGCAGGGCUCACUGACAUCACGACGGGAAGCAACCUCGCGUGCAGCAAUUACACGACCGGCUUCUACGCUAGCGAAGGCUGGGAUCCAAUCACUGGGCUCGGAACGCCCAACUUUGCAAACCUCCUGACUGCGGUCGGACUAUAA